ACGUUCGCAAGACAAUACAUCCUAGGUGACAUGCAUUGCAUUUUCGUUUGUAUUUGCAAAUAACGAGUUGAUGAUAAUGCGAAUGCAACUCAUACACAGCUGUUUUCUUCCACUAGAAGCGCAGUAAAGAUAAAAGCUUGUGGAACGAGAUAGCAUUCCAGCAAUCCAUUUGGUCAUGGCACUAUCCGAUGUUGGAAACUCUCUGCAGGGUCUCAUUCUUUCGCAUGGCGGGCUACAACUAUUAAAAGAGCGCAAUUGUAUCACACGGCUGGAACCUGCUCUCAAGGACGGCAAGGUGAAACUUAUCUCUGGUGGUGGAAGCGGCCAUGAACCGGCCCACGCCGGCUAUGUAGGUCAAGGGAUGCUAGCGGGUGCCGUUUGUGGCGAUGUAUUCAGUUCCCCAUCGGUCACGGCGAUACUGGACUGUUUGAGAACGGUUUGUGAUAAGGAUGGAAGUGCCAUUUUCAUUGUGAAGAACUACACGGGCGAUCGGUUGAACUUUGGAAUUGCCCUGGAACUGGCACGAGCGACCUAUGGAUUUCGAGAUGUGAGAAUGCUACUGGUAGGAGAAGACUGCUCCAUUGAAGAUCGGAAUGUGAGGAAGUCUGUGGGAAAGCGAGGCUUGGCCGGAGUUGUGCUAGUGCAUAAAGUACUGGGCGCAAUGGCGGAGAUGGGGCUUUCCAUUGAGGAAAUUUACAAAUUUGGCAAAGGAUUAGCUUCGGAUGGAAACUUGACAACGAUAGGUUUCACCUUCGAGUUGAAGGAAGGAAUCCUGGAGAACAUCGAAAUCGGAAAAGGAAUUCAUGGUGAACCAGGAGUGUAUAAGAUGCAAGCGAGCAACGAUUUUAAUGAAAUAAUUGAAUUUAUCAUCGGAAAAUUGAUCACUAAUGUUCCAAAAUCUUCAGAAGUAGUGUUGCUGGUGAACAAUCUAGGAGGCACGUCCGAAUUUCUAAUGGGAGUUUUUAUUGACUGCUUAGCCAAGAAAAUUGACGCUUCCUACAACGUCAAACGGAUCUACUGUGGAGCAUAUUUGACUUCCCUUGAUCAAGCUGGAAUUUCAGUUACGGUUCUCAAUCUUGGAUACUCCCCGAAGCUACUCGAUUACCUCAACUACGAAGUUAACGUUCCGUCGACGCUUUUCGGAUUCCAAUCUAGAUUCAACAAAUUACCGUCAAAAGUGAUCAAAGUAGGCACAUUACAGCCAAUGAAAAUCCAACCAAAUUCGACUGCCUGUGAAAUCGGUGAAUUUGGCGCAAAGCUUGCUAAGACCAUCGUUCAUUACGUUUGUGAAGCACUCAUUUCUUGCACUGCAAUGCUGAAUACAAUCGAUAAGGAACUAGGAGACGGUGAUACCGGUAGUACCAUAGCGAAAGGUGCCGAGUCCAUUUUGAAACACUUGAUCGCAAACAAGCUGGAUCUUAAGCAUCCUGGGAUUAUGCUUCAACAGAUUAGCGUUAUAUUGCAGCAAGACAUGGGAGGAUCCUCUGGGGCACUGUAUAGUUUGCUGCUUCAAGGGGUUGCUUCUACGUUUAUGACACCCCCGGAAGACAAUCAGCAUAUCUCCGUCAAACAUUGGAGUGAAGCGCUGAAAGCCGGAAACGAUACAAUCGUCAAAUAUGCCUUUACCGAGCUAGGAGAUCGCACCAUGCUGGAUCCCCUGCGAGAAGGCGAGGAACGCUUGAGACAAUCCAUCGCCCAAGAUCUGCCGGUUCUGGCUUGUGUAGAAAGUUUCACUAAAGGUUGUGAGGAAGCAGCUCGCGCCACUCAGGACAUGGUGCCAAAGUCAGGGCGUGCUGCCUAUAGUGCCUCGGUGGAAAAUUCCAAGCCGAACAGUUUUCCAGACCCUGGCGCGCAUGCCGUCUCCAUUUGGGCAAGAGCUUUGCUAGAAGCGUGCAAACAAGUUAUCGUCGAAUGAAUUUUAAACUGUUCUAGAAGUGUGGUUCUGUUUAUUAUUUUUUGUAGAGAGAAUAAAAACUAAUCCUAUUUUUGUAUCAUA